UUUUUAUCAAGUAACAACUUGGGUUUCAAGCGGUCUACCAACCUGGCGGCCAAUACUGGGCCGAAUGAAGCCACUCCGUAAUAUUCUUGUGCACUUGUUGUUAAGGCGAACAACACGUGAUCACUCAAGUAAUACUGUCGUGUCCUUUACUAUGUGGCACCAACUUCCCAACCAACUCACAGCGAUGGUCCAAUCUUCAGCGUUGUACGGAAAACUUGCUAACACCUUCAGCACUGCAAAGACUGUCGCUAUUUCGGAUUGGCAUGUGCAUGCAAAGCGCAAUUACGAACAGCUGGCCCUGAAAGCACAGCGCGCUGAGCUGGGAGCCAUUAAAGCAGCGCUAGUGAUUUCCCUACUUGGUGCUGUUCCUGGAGCGGCCGCGACAACAUAUGGGGAAGCACUCUCCUCGGGAAUUCAGGACAUCAGUGCUGUUGCAACCUUAUUUGGUACGGAAGCAUGCGCAUCUCACCUUCUUUCAUCUAUAUCCAAAGGAUACAUUUAUGCAUCUGUAAGUAUGCUGUCCAUGUUUGGCUCUCUGGCCGCUGUUAAAGCGAGUGCUUACCUGAUCUUGCCUGCUGAAUGGCUCAAGAAUGCUGGGAUGACGGACUGUGGAGCGGAUCUCAAUACGAUAGGCUGGGGAGACUCUGCUUGGCCGACCAAUGUUCUAGCGGACAGACUCCAUAGUGUGCCUGGGGGGACUUCGAAGGUUGAAUUCUCGCCGAAGUUGCGAAAGUGGAUAUUUCAGGCUACAGUUGCCGGUCUUUCUGGUGCGCUAGGCAUCGUUCCUUUUCUUGCUCCGUUGAUUUUGGCAUGGGACCAUGUGUAUGCAGCAUUCCCCAUCAUGCGUGUUGUCGGAGGGACUCUCAUAGGCUGUUUGACACCCAUUGCCACUAUAUUAUCUUUGCAAACGAACUUAGCAAAAGGCUACAGGAUCUUUCUCCAGGCGCUCUUAGGUAUCGGUGCGGCCAUGACUCUGAUUGGAUAUGUCGGGUGCUAUGCUUAUAUUCAAUCGUUCCCUGAACAGUGGAUGGUGUACCAGUGGUUAGCCCUCGAGAUCGCACUCAUGUUGAUCAGAUUCUGGUGCUGGGCCUGGAAUCCUUCGUUUGACGAUAUGACUGACUUCGUUACUACUUAUACACCACCUGUCAAAGUCAUGGCAGGAUUCGUGCUUCCUUGUUAUCGUGAUCAUCAGAGAGUAGGUGUUAGCUUGGCAAUGUUCUUGAUAAAUGUUGCCACGCACAAGCAGGUCCUUCGUGGACUUCGUCAUGCAGGACUAGCUGUUGAUCACUUGCCUGAAGCCAGCUUCUAUCUCAAAGACGAAUACGAAGCGGGUCGUCUUCUUUGGAUAAUUGAUACGGUUGGAAUAAGCAUGGAUGGUCAAAUAUCGGAGCAUCCUUGUUUCCUUUGGAUACAUGGCAAGGCAACGUUUCAAGGUUGGGUGGAAGUCGCCAUGGGUGGUACUGUGGCGUGGUGGAAGGAAAAAAGUAGGCCUACACGGCUAGAUGCCAAAACGGAAGAUGCCAAGAAGCGGCUCGAUGCAAGUUGGAAGGAAAUCAAUGAAGUAGUCGCCGCCGUUGGGAGUUGGGACGUGGAUACGAAAAGCGUGACCGUUUCUACAAUGCUGCCAAUUGAAAAAGCGACAAAGGGCAUAGCCUCCUGGAAGCUUCUUGGCGCGGACUACGCUAAACAGUGUGGUUGUCAGUCUUGCUUGGAAACAACACUGGCUGAAAGACUCACAUGCCUGUGGUAUGCUGCCCAACUUGAGAGCGCAACCACAUUGAGUAUCAAAUGUAUCACGGGUGGACAGAUACCCUGGACGAAACCAGAUCUUAAAGAAAAGUCUGUGCGAUACUACUUCAGGGAGCGUGGCCGGGUUGGGGCUGCAUUACCGAUGUUUAAUGAAGAGAGAAUUUAUAGUCAGUUCCGGGGCCGUACGGAUAUAAGUACUAAAGAGAUGGAAAGCGCGGUAGCAGCAGAGGUAAAGGCAAUGUCAAAGCAGCUCGACGGAAGUAGAUUGUGGUUGUCCCAUAAUGGCACUCCACUGGCAUAAUCUAGGCAACGAGGAGCUUUGUUUCCCUGGUUGUUGCAUGCAAUCCGCCUUCAACCAUAGGAAAUCAGAAUCAAACGUUAAUCUUAGAAGCCCUUUUGCCACCACAAUUACUACAAUGUAUGCCAAUUGCCUUCGUACAGAUAUCCUCUGAAUUCAAGAUGUUUCUGCGUUUUUUAAAUGCUUAAUUGAUAACUAAUAUUAUACUAUAUUCACUGUCCG